AUGGCUCCGAUUUCAGCGAGCAGAGAAGAAUUUGAUGAAAUUCCUACAGUGGUUGGGAUCUUUAGUGCUUUUGGCCUUGUCUUCACAGUCUCCCUCUUUGCUUGGAUCUGCUGCCAGCGUAAAUCUUCCAAAUCCAACAAGACCCCUCCCUACAAAUUUGUCCAUGUGCUGAAGGGGGUUGACAUUUAUCCCGAGAACCUUAACAAUAAGAAGAAAUUUGGAGCAGAUGACAAAAGUGAAGCAAAAAGCAAAUCAGUGAUGCCAAAGAAUUCUCUCCACCUCGACCUGGAAAAGAGAGAUUUGAAUGGCAACUUCCCCAAAACAACCCCCAAAAUCCAGAGCUCUCCAGAUCUUGAGAACUUGACUCCAAAGCACUUUGUAGAAAGAGAGAAAGAUUCAGUAUCCCCCGAGAGCUUAAAGUCCAACACUUCACUGUCUUCUGAAGAGAAACAAGACAAGCUAGGGACUCUCUUUUUCUCCUUAGAGUACAACUUUGAGAAGAAGGCAUUUGUGGUGAACAUCAAAGAAGCACGUGGAUUGCCAGCAAUGGAUGAACAGUCAAUGACUUCUGAUCCCUACAUCAAAAUGACAAUCUUACCUGAGAAGAAGCACAAAGUGAAAACCAGAGUGCUGAGAAAAACCUUAGAUCCAGCUUUCGAUGAAACCUUUACAUUUUAUGGGAUCCCCUAUAGCCAAGUCCAAGAUUUAAUCCUUCACUUUAUGAUCUUGAGCUUUGACAGGUUUUCCAGAGAUGACAUCAUUGGAGAAGUCCUCAUUCCACUUGAAGGAAUUGAAUUGUCUGAGGGAAGGAUGCUAAUGAACAGGGAGAUCAUCAAAAGAAAUGUUAGGAAGUCAUCUGGACGUGGAGAAUUACUGAUCUCUCUCUGUUACCAGUCUACAACAAACACUCUAACCGUGGUUGUUUUGAAAGCCAGGCACCUACCCAAAGCUGACGUUUCAGGAUUAUCAGAUCCUUAUGUCAAAGUGAACCUCUACCAUGCUAAGAAGAGAAUUUCUAAAAAGAAAACCCAUGUGAAGAAAUGCACCCCCAAUGCAGUAUUCAAUGAAUUGUUUGUCUUUGACAUUCCUUGUGAGGGCCUUGAAGAUAUCAGCAUUGAAUUUUUGGUUUUGGAUUCAGAUAGGGGGUCCAGGAAUGAGAUUAUUGGCCGGUUAACCCUGGGAGCUUCAGCAGAAGGAACAAGUGGAGAGCACUGGAAGGAAAUUUGUGAAUAUCCUAGGAGACAAAUUGCCAAGUGGCAUAUGCUGUGUGAUGGUUAG